GUGUAACCCUAAUGUAUGUCGGGAUUGUGAAGGGAUCACUAUGUAUGCCAAAAAUAUCAAGGAAACUAUUGGCUCAUUUGCAAGAGAAUCUUCUAUAAUCUCUAAACAGCCAUAAGACCUAUCCAACCAUUUCAAGUGUCCGAGGCAUCAUGGGAUGGCAAAAGGUUUUCACGGACAAAAUGAUGCAAACGUUCCACAUCCGAAACCUACUGAUACGCCAGGCUCUUGCGGAAUGCCUGGGCACCCUCAUCCUGGUGAUGUUUGGCUGUGGUGCUGUUGCUCAGCUAGUCCUGAGUGAAGGAUCGCAUGGAAUGUUCCUGACGGUGAAUUUCGCAUUUGGUUUCGCUGCAACGCUUGGGAUUUUGGUGUGUGGCCAGGUUUCAGGUGGACACCUGAACCCAGCUGUGACCUUUGCCCUUUGCAUCCUUGGUAGGGAACCAUGGAGGAAGUUCCCUGUAUUCUUCAUAUUUCAGACUAUAGGUGCCUUUCUUGGAGCUGCAAUCAUAUUUGGCAUGUAUUUUGAUGCACUUUGGGAGUAUCGGAAAGGCAGUCUGAUUGUGUUGGGUGAAAAUGCUACAGCUGGAAUAUUUGCCACGUAUCCAUCCAAUCAUCUUAGCCUGGUCAACGGCUUCUUUGAUCAAGUGAUUGGCACAGCAGCACUGAUCGUGUGUAUACUUGCAAUCGUGGACCCGUAUAACAACCCAAUCCCACGCGGGCUAGAAGCCUUCACUGUAGGCUUCGUGGUUUUGGUUAUUGGCCUUUCUAUGGGAUUUAACUCGGGUUAUGCCGUAAACCCAGCCAGAGACCUCGGACCUCGAAUCUUUACAUCAAUUGCAGGCUGGGGCAGUGAAGUCUUCACAGUGAAUGAUUACUGGUUCUUUGUUCCAAUCUUCGCACCAUUUAUCGGUGCCCUAGUGGGCGUUUUGGUGUAUCAGCUGAUGGUGGGAUACCAUUUGGAGGGAGAAGCCCAAGAGAGGGAAGAAGCAGAAGCCCACAAAGAGAAAGUAAGGCUGAAGUCAUGCAAAGUGUCUGGGUAAAAUGCCAUUGUGUAAAAUAUCCCUUACAGUUUCUAUUGUUGUUUAAGUCAUUUCUUACAGUCCAAAUCCCAGACUUUUUCAUGUUCCUUAUGACAUUAAGAGCUGAUAUUACCUCUACUCUCCAUUCCAAAUCCAAGACAGUACUUUUUCAUGUUCCUUAUGACAUUAAGAGCUGAUAUUAUCUUUACUCUCCAUUCUAAAUCUCAGACAGUAUAAGUCCGAUGUUUUCUUUGGCACAUAAUAUUUGACUGCCUUUGUACCGCCGUCUGAUUGCCAUUAAGUCCUAAAUCCCAGAAUGUUUGUCCUCUCUUACUUGCUGCUUUUAAUGUAUAACCAGACAGGUCUAGACAUGACUAAAUCCUGCACUAAACCCACAAACCACAAGAUCCAAACUUCUGACAUAUUAAUCAAGACACAGCUGUUCCUGAACAGCACUAAAUGCAUAUCAAAAUUCAUUUGCGUUCGUUUUUUAUGUACAUUAUAGUUAUUCAUAUACGUAUUUCUGUGUUGAUAUAAUCAAGAUUUCAAGCUAUGUUCAGAAGAAGAUAAUGACUUUAUACCAUAUUGCACAAGGCUUUUAUAAGUAUUAGAGAAGCAGAGUAUACGUAGUAUAUGCAUAGAAUGUCCCAUUGACUAAAGCAUAUGACUAAAGGCAACCUCCAUCUUCACUUGCAAUGGAGAUGUUUGGAUGUUCUCCCCAUGCUUCUGGGGUUUCAUCUGGCUACUCCAGAUUUCUCUCCCAGUCAAACGAUGUGCUGUAGGCUGAUUGGCGUUUCUAAAUUGUCUGAGUGAGUGUGUGUGUGUGUGUGAUUGUGCUCUGCGAUUGGGUGGCAUCUCCUCCAGGGUGCUUCGUGCCCUGUGCCCUGAGUCCCCAGGUAGAGACGCCAAGAAACCAUGAACCUGUGUGGGAAAAGCGCUACAGAAAAUGGAUGGCUAGAUAACCUGAAGUCUAAAUUCUGAGUUGAUGGUUACUUGUUAUUUCAUCAGUGUUGAAAUAUGUUGAAUAAUCUUGUCACCGAUGUCACACUGCAUCGGUGUGACUUUUAUUCAUCUUUGUUUUUAAUAUAUCAUCGUUAUCUUCCUAGCAUGAAG